GGGAAGGGCAAUGGGCUCCAAGUCUGGGAAUAAGCUCUGGCCUGUCACUUGCUUUUACAUGAAAGCUGAGCUCAGAGGAGAGGUGCCAUAAACAAUCAUGAAAUACUAUUCUGGGGUCAUCUGUUCUCUAGACAUAGAGGGCAUUCAUUAUAUCGCCUUGUUCCCACAGCGUGUAGGAUAGUCAGGUAGCCCUUGGUUUCGGAAUGGUGCUCCAUAACGUAGAAGCUCUGUGACUGGAUCAGAAGACGCCAGCCUGUUGGUGGGCACUUUCAUUUCUUUUUUCUGGUGAAGGCUUUUAUCAGCAUGCACUUACUCAGGACAUUGCUGCUGAGAUCAAACACAUCCAAUAUAUCCCUUCUUACCAAGUGCUCCUUUCGGGCAUCUCCAUUACAUAAGUGGCCUAUUUCACUGAGGUCUGGAAGUCAAAUCUCAUUGCUGCCAACAGAACAAAAGAAAUGGCUUCAUUCACAGCCCAAACAGCAAGACACUGCAACUAAAACGCCAGUUCAUGAUCUUCCAUCAGGGAUUCAACAUCAAAGCGAAGAAACAUCCCCGUCUGCAAGAAGCUCCAUUUCUACAGACCCGUCCAGCAUCGCUGAAGAAGAUCCAUUGCAAGACCAAUCAAUUGGCCUUUUAAAGAGGUUUAAAAAAACUUUUAGACAACAUGGGAAAGUUCUAAUUCCAGUUCAUCUGGUGACCUCUAGCAUCUGGUUUGGGUCUUUUUACUAUGCAGCCAUGCAGGGAGUUAAUGUGGUUCCUUUCCUGGAAUAUAUCGGCUUGCCAGAUGGAAUAGUUAACAUUCUGAAGAAUUCUCAGGGUGGGAAUGCUCUUACAGCUUAUGCAAUGUAUAAGAUUGCCACUCCAGCCAGAUAUACUGUAACCCUUGGUGGAACAUCCGUAAGUGUUAAAUAUCUUCGCAAGUAUGGCUACUUGUCCACUCCUCCACUGGUGAAGGAUUAUUUCCAAGACAGAAUGGAGGAGACAAAAGAACUCUUUACAGAGAAAAUGGAGGAAACCAGGGACAUAAUUAGUGGAAAAAUGGAAGAGACGAAAGACAGGAUAUCUGAGAAAUUGCAAGAAACCAAAGACAGAGUUGCUUUUAGAAAGAAAAAAAAUGAAGACAUGGAAUGAUUUCACCCAGCUCUUCAGUUUCAAUCUUGUAUUAAUAACCUUUAUAGAAAAUAUGUUUUCACUCACUGAUAAACCAGGGUACUACUCAUGCCAUUGCAUAUUUCUAAAUGGAUACUACAGAGAGAUGUCCUGCCAUGGCACCAUUAUAAAUCUGUCUUCAGGUAUAGAAACUACAUAGUGCUUAGCCGAUCUGAAUACAAAAAGCCAACUCAAACCACUUGCAUAGCUUACUGUUCAAUCGAUGUAUUGGUUUCAGCAUCUAAACCAAAAUAUAUACAGUAGGUGUCUGUACAGUGUAAUUGUUGGAUAAAGUGUUUCUUUGCUACCUAAUCUAUAAUUCUAUAACUUUCCCCCAAAUGGAUGCAAACAUUCUCCGCUCAAAGCCUUAUACAACUCGUUGGCAUUCUGCGUGCUAAAAAAAAGUCUCCAUGUACACAAA